AUGGGGAAAACAAAAAAGAAUCACGGCUCAGAACACUUGGGAGCUUCCUCCUCGGUGGAUGACCAAGUCGACUUAAUACAACUUUUAUCAAACACGACGGCUCCACCAAAUGAGGACGAGAUAAUCUCCUUACUACAAGCUCGUUUUAAAGCCGACUUACCUUAUACUAGACUUUCUUCUUCUUUAGUCGUAGUUAAUCCUAAUAAAAGUUUGGGUUGUAUGAACGAUGCCUCAGCAAAAGAGUAUGCUGACCAAUUUUACAAGGACACUUCGGGUAACAAGUCCGCUUUACAACCUCACAUUUACGAGUUGGCCGCUAAAGUUUAUUUGCACAUGAGGAGAUCGGCCGAAGAUCAAUCCGUCAUAUUUAGUGGUAUAACUGGAUCAGGCAAGACCGCGACUCAAGGACAUUUGUUACAACAAUUAUUACUCUUGUCAACUCAUACAAAAAAAGAAUCUAAAGUUGCCAAUCAAAUACAAAAUGCUCAAAUCAUUCUCGAAGCUUUCGGUAACUCAAAAACCAAACAAAACAUUAAUGCUUCCCGUUUUGGGAAAUAUCUUGAAUUACAAUUUAAUGAGCGCGGUAGAAUCGUUGGUGCAAAGGCCCUAACUUAUUGUUUCGAUAAGGCGAGGGUAACUGAAAUACCUUCGAACGAAAGAACUUAUCACGUUUUUUAUUAUUUAUUGUCUGGUUUCACUCCUGAAGAAAAAUCUCAAUUAAACUUAUUGGAACCUCAACAAUAUAAUUACUUGGCUCAAUCGAAAUGUUAUAAAAUUCCUGACGUUGAUGAUUCGAUUCAAAUGGAUGAUUUAAGAUCUUCGCUCAAGACUCUUGGAUUCAAAUCAAGGACCGUCAUGCAAAUUUGGCAGAUCCUUUCCGCUAUUUUAUUACUUGGAAAUAUUGAAUUCGUUAGUCAUGGUAAAGCAAAGGAUGAAGCGGCUGACAUAAAAAAUCAUCACAUUUUAGAUUUGGUCGCUCAAUACCUUGGUGUGCCAGCGUUUAAAUUAAAACAAACCUUAACUUAUAAAACAAAGUACAUUGGAAAAGAAUUAUGCACCGUGUUUUUAAAUGCCGAGGCGGCCUCGGAACAACGUGAUGCUUUGGCCCGUGCCCUUUAUUCUAUCUUAUUCACGUGGAUCGUUGAACAUAUAAAUUCAAAAUUAAUCCAGUCCGAUGAACCCCCAAAUUUUAUCGGUUUGUUGGAUCAACCUGGUUAUCAAAAUUUUGCUAAUAAUUCUUUUGAACAAUUUUGUUUGAACUUUGCCACUGAAGAGGUGGAAAAUUUUGUACUUCAGCAAAUUUUUGAUGAUACCGUUGGUUUGAAUAAUGAGAUCACUCAAGAUGGGGUCCCCUUACCUAAUGUUUCUACCAUGGAUAAUUCCGGGUGCGUGGAAUUAUUACGUGGUGAUCAAUCUGAUGGCGCGAGAAAAAGUUUGGGUUCCUCGGGUUCUUCAAAUAUCGUAAGCGGUGGUUUGAUCUCGUUACUAGAUGUCGAAUGCGCCAAGGUUCAGAGUGGUGAAGAACCUUCCGAUGAUUCAAAAUUACUUUCCACUUUACAAAAUUCUUUCUCGAGUCAUUCGUCCUUCAUCAGUAAUCCUUCCACCUCAAAGAUCUUUUCGAAAUCUGGGGCGUUCGGUGUGAAUCAUUUCGCCGGUCCAGUAACUUACACCAUUGAUCAAUUCAUUGAUAAAAAUCUCGACAAUUUAAGUCCCGAUUUUAUAAAUUUAUUUUAUGAUACGAAUAAUUCUUUCCUAAGAAAGUUAUUUAAUGGACCCGCUUUGGCUAUUGAAAGUCAUCCAAAGAAUGAGAAUACCGUCGUUAAAGCUCAGUUACCCACCAAACCGAUGAGAGCUCCUUCCAUGAAACGUAAGAAGAGCAACGCCGGUGGCUCAAAUUCAGGAAAGGUGGAGGAAAAGGCCUCGGACGAUCAUCAUAGUUCAAAGAAAAAGAUUCAGGUUACCACCGUAGCAACCCAACUUUAUUUUACUCUCAACCAAUUAAUUGAUACCCUGAAAGAGACGAGGAUGUGGAAUGUGUUUCAAAUUCGUCCAAACGACGCUAACGAGCCUAACGUGUUUGACGCAAAACGCGUAAAAGCCCAGGUCAGGAGUUUCUUGAUUCGUGACAUCAUCGUAAGAAAACGCGUGGAAUAUACCGCUCAGUAUACCUUUGAAGAUUUCCUGACUCGUUACGAGACGAUCAUUGCUUCACUGAACCUGGAACCUUCCAGAAACCCUCAACAGAAGGUCGAGACUUUUGCUACCAUAAGCGGUUGGGGUGAGAAUCAAAUGGCGAUGGGUCGUAAAACCGUUUUGCUUUCCGAUCCGAUAUGGAAGGAAUUGGAGGAUUCGCUUAGAGCCGCGGAGAAGGAGGAGCGUGCCAAGUCUAAACUUCGAGAUGAUGAUAGUUUGGUCGGGGGACCUCAUGAUGGUAGUCGGGGCGGCAUCAACACGGCCUCCGCCACGAGUUCCGCGGAUCGCCUUUUACCGAGGAGCGGUGGCGCGAAUUAUUCUAGCAGCGAAACCGGUUAUUAUGAAGAUAGUUACGUUGAUAGUGAGGACGAAUUUUCAAAAGCUGGAGGUGCUCAACUUGCCGAGGAUGAUGAGGGAAGCAUGUGGGGAAGUGAUUGGAAGGCCAGCGAUGGUUAUGGCAACACGGGAGGACAGAGAGGGCUUGCUGAAGCAGAUAAUAAGGAAGGUGAUUUAAAGGAAGAGAUCGAAGAAGUGCCGACCACCAGAACUCGAAUUUGGUGGGUUCGCUUCGUUUGGUUAUGCACGUGGUGGAUCCCUUCCUUCCUUCUUUCUUGGGUUGGUAAAAUGAAACGUGAGGAUGUACGAAUGGCUUGGCGUGAAAAGUUCACCCUUUGUCUUCUCAUUUUCCUGCUUUCGGCUUUUAUCAUCUUUUACAUCAUUGCUUUCGGAGAUCUGAUCUGCCCUAACAAGGACAAGGUUUAUAAGACGGAAGAAGUUUCAACACAUCAAGGGGAUGAUGAUUUUUGGGUGAGCGUUAGGGGUAAAGUUUAUGAUCUAUCCAAAUUUCACAAGACCAAUCAUGCAAGGGGGGCUCCAGGGUAUACCGCAGGGUUAUCACAGAUGGAACCUUACGCCGGCAAAGAUGUGACAUACAUGAUCCCGAUCCCUCUGGGAGAGCCCGACGUCUGUGGGGAAUUAAUCAACCCUGCCGAUUUAGCGCUCGUGACUGUCGAGUACAAUUCAAAUGGCACCGAUGAUCAAGUUCCUGGAUCGUUUAUUCACGACUCCGGCCCACGUUCAACCAUUAAAACUCCCAGCCUUUCAAGCAACAGGUGGUAUUGGGAUAGUUUCCUAACUGCUGUGAGUGCUAAUGGAGGACUUAAGGCGGACGUCGUUUAUUCUAAAAAAGAGGUUGCGGCCCAGGCUGAUCAAGGUCGUAAAUGGGGAAUCAUCAAUGAUAAAAUCUAUGAUUUAACGAUAUAUUUCACCACGGCCGACAGACAUUCUCAAUACGCUAGCAGACCACCUGCCAACGUGCCAAACUAUCGUUAUUUGGAUGAUGCCAUAGAAGUUCCCUUUGAUAAACAACCCGGUGGCGAUUUUAGUAAAAUCUUUAACAGUAACAUGGAUGAAUAUAUUGAUCCGGUCCGAAAACAACUCAACUUGCAAUGUUUGGAUGCGGUCUUUUACGUUGGAAAAAUUGAUUUCAGAGAUUCAUUCAAAUGUCAAUUCAAUAAUUACGUCUUGUUGGUAGCCGCUUGCGUCAUGUGCGCGGUCGUUCUUGUUAAAUUCUUGGCUGCGUUGCAAUUGGGGGCAAGAAGAAAGCCCGAGGAUCAUGAUAAAUUUGUCAUUUGUCAAGUUCCUUGUUAUACAGAAGGCGAAGAUUCUUUGAAGAGAACGAUGGAUUCUUUGGCAGCACUCACUUAUGAUGAUAAGCGUAAACUUUUGUUCUUUAUCGCUGAUGGUAUGAUCGUCGGUUCCGGUAACGAUAGACCUACGCCAAGGAUCGUAUUGGAUAUUUUAGGGGUCGAUCCCAAACUGGAUCCCGAACCCCUAGUGUUUAAAUCGGUUGGUGAGGGGAUGCAACAACUCAAUUAUGGCAAGGUUUAUUCCGGAUUAUACGAGUACGAAGGACACGUCGUUCCCUAUAUCGUCGUGGUUAAAGUAGGAAAACCAUCAGAAAAAUCACGUCCGGGUAAUAGGGGUAAGCGUGAUUCGCAAAUUAUUUUAAUGAGCUUCUUGAACAAGGUUCACUUUGACCUGGAAAUGACCCCGUUGGAAUUGGAAAUUUAUCAUCAAAUGAAGAAUGUCAUUGGAGUGAACCCAAGCUUUUAUGAGUACGUACUCAUGGUGGACGCUGAUACAGAGGUGAUGCCGGACUCCCUUAACCGUAUGAUUUCUUGCAUGUUACACGACGGCCGAAUUAUUGGAAUUUGCGGAGAGACGACCCUGGUUAACGAAGAAGGAUCUUGGACGACUAUGAUUCAAGUUUAUGAAUAUUACAUUUCUCAUCAUUUGGCCAAAGCAUUCGAGAGUUUAUUCGGAUCGGUUACCUGCCUUCCAGGAUGUUUCUGCAUGUAUCGUAUAAGAACCCCCGUUAAAAACACGCCAUUGAUCAUAUCAAAUGUCGUCAUCGACGAUUAUCAAGAAAAUCACGUGGAUACUCUGCAUAAAAAGAAUUUGCUCUCUUUGGGAGAGGAUCGAUACCUUACAACCUUGAUGAUGAAACAUUUCCCUCAGUAUAAAAUGACUUUCACGCCGGAUGCCAUGUGCAAAACGGCAGCACCAGAUCGAUGGGCAAUUCUUCUUUCACAACGUCGUCGAUGGAUUAAUUCCACCAUACAUAACCUCAUGGAACUCGUGUUUUUACCUGAAAUGUGCGGGUUCUGUUGUUUCUCCAUGAGAUUUGUUGUGGUCAUUGACUUAUUAGGUACAUUUAUUUUACCAUCCACGGUAGUUUAUAUCAUAUAUUUGAUCUGGGUAGUUGUAACGGACAGGCAAAGUUUACCAAUUAUCGCGCUUGCGAUGAUAGCGGCCGUAUAUGGAUUACAGGCAAUCAUUUUCAUAUUGAAAAGACAAUGGCAACACAUCGGAUGGAUGAUCAUCUACUUAUUGGCAUUCCCAAUCUUCUCAUUUUUCAUUCCCGUUUACUCAUUCUGGCAUUUUGACGAUUUUAGUUGGGGUAAUACACGCGUUGUGGUGGGCGAAAAGGGUAAAAAACAGAUCAUUACAACCGAAGAGGAGAAAUUUGAUGAAAAAAUGAUACCAAGGAAAAGAUGGGCAGAUUACGAACAAGAAAUGUGGGAAGUUAAUACUGCCGAAAGUCAUGAAUCAAAACAAAGUGCCGCAAGUGGUUAUAGUCACAGAAGUAGAGCAAGUGGACGUGGUGGUUAUAAUGAUUCUGCUUCACAAUAUGGUGGAAGUCAAUACGGAGGCGGUGGUAGCGUAUAUGGUGGGAGUCAACAUGGGGCCGCAGAUUACUACAGGGACACAAAUUUAAGCGCUCCGGCCGACAGGAGGGCGAGAUCAAAAAGUCCCGUACCACGUUAUCCUUCAUCUGAAUCGAAUAGAAUGAGUAGAGCUUAUAGUAACGCUGGUGAUGAUUUAAGGGGUCCUCCUUUAGAAUAUUUACCCCCACCUUCUCGACCCAUGAGUUCAUAUACGAAUGAUGGCGGUCCAACAGAUGAAGAAUUAUUAAUUGAAAUCAAACAAAUAUUAAAAAAUGCUAAUCUAAUGAGUAUCACGAAGAAGCAAGAAUUAAUUUUACAAGGAAAACUUUAG